AUGCGGGCCUGGGCUUUAAUGGAAUUCUUGCGGAGUGUCGUCACCGGAUUCAAAGAAUGGUCCAAGGUUACGGACAGACCCUGGGCAAAACCCAACCGCGAAAAGUAUUUCUACAAGGUCGAAAACGUUAAUGUCCGGGAGUGGCAUAAGAAACUAGGUGGAAACCCAAAUGGCAGAAAUUAA